AUGAAUGACGAGGAGGAGAAGCAGGCCAUGGCGCAGCGCAUCAAAGAAUUGGAAAAUGAGCUGGCGGUGCUCCGUGCGGCCAGCUCGGACUCUGAAACUCCAUCCACUUCCACCGGAGGAACAAGUGGCGCAUCUGCUCUCCCAAUGAGGCAGGCUCCUGUCAUAUAUGUGCAGCAAGACCGAAAGCUGCCCUUGUUUUCGGGGAAACUUGAUGAGGAGCCACGGAAAAGGAGCGUGCACAAAUUGUGUUUGAUCAUCUGGAGGGAGCUGCGCGCACGGAAAUAA